AUGCCUAAAGCGCCCCCUCGACGAAAACAACCUGCUCAUAGGGGUGCCUCUGCUCCGUACCCGCCUACAACAGACGCCGAUCAUGGACCUACGAAUGACGAAGGCCAACACCAAGCAGGAGGUCAACAACAAAGCACUCGAAUCAUGUCGCCACCUCCUGAAGCUCAACUGAUAGAGCCAAUGUCAGUGAUAGAAAAGCGCUAUAGGACAUUCAUCAGUAAGUACGCUUUCCAUGCACCUACACUCCCCACCAACAAUGGUCCAGGACUCGACGAACCCCACGACCCCCUCUGCUACGAAUGCUUCCACCCAGGCCAACUCGUCCCCUGCGGGACCUGCCGAAAAGUCUGCCACGCCGACUGCAUGCCCCCAGAAGCCCCGUGGACCGUCGACGCCGGCGACCCCGACACCUGCUACUGCCCCGUCUGCGUGAGCCUAGGGUGGAACAACAAAAAGCAACGCCCAACGCCCAACACCGCAGACAAGCCCACGUAUGCGUCGAACCCGUGGUUCCCGCAGAUUCUGACGGCGCACCCGAAGGCCCCGCCGGGGACGACGUAUGAGACGUCGCUGAUGCUGGACUUUGCGCUGAAGAAGUUGACGCCUGUUGCGAGGGCCGCCGCGUUGCCGGUUACGGGGGGGAAUGAGGGCGUGGGCGUGCCGGUUGCGUCGGCGGCUUCAGCCUCCGCUUCGACUUCGACUUCCGGUGCGCCUGUGGCUGCAGGUGCUGCGCACGCAUCGCCACUGGCAGUGUCGAGCGCGGGACCGGGGACCGUCAAUGGGGGAACGCGCGGUAGCUUGAUGCCGAUAUCUCGGAACAAUAACACGGGUACGCCGGUGCCUGCUCCUCCUCCUGCUCCUCCUCCUGCUUCUGUUCCUGCGGCAUCGGCGUCAUUACCAUCCUGGCGGAAAUCCCGGUUUGAUAUAUUAUCCGGUGAAGUUGGGACUGCGCUUUCGGUUGUCUAUAGAGAGCUCGAAGAGAUUCCGUUGCUGCGACGGACGGCGGAGGAGCUCGAGUCGAAGUUGUCUGGUAUGCGGCAGGACGUCAACAUCUAUAAGAAUGAGAUUGCGCUGCUCAAGAGGAUGGGCGGCGGUACUCAGAUGACAACAGUGACGGCGAGGAAGAAUGAUCUUGAGCGUGAGAAUGUUGAGUUGAGAAGCCAGCUGGAGAAGUCGGACCAGGCGUUGAGGGAGUGGAAGGGGAAACUGGCUGGGAUAUUGGGUCAAAAGGUUUAG